AUGUCUAUGGAGUUUUGUCAACUAAUUCCCACCAUUGACAUGCUAAUACAUAAGUUUAUUGAUGCAAAAGCAAGUACUGUCAAGUUUGAAUUCCUUUGCCAACUUGUCACCCACCGUUAUCGUCAGAGUUCUUUCAGGACCUUUCCCAAAAGCGAAAGUUUGAACUCUAAUUAUUUGACUCCAUAUCUGGAAUCGUCAGGACAAAACUUUACUAAUGGAGCUAAUUUUGCGAUAAGUGGUUCAUCAACUCUUCCUAGAUCUGUUCUAUUCAGUCUGGAUGUUCAAAUUCUUCAGUUCAAUCGAUUCCACAACCGCUCCCUCGAGUUUGUAUCUAAAGGUGUCAAAUAUUUGGUUGGGGAUGAGGAUUUCAAGAACGCUCUUUACACCAUAGACAUUGGACAAAAUGAUCUAUCUGCGGCAUUUGGUCACCUUUCAUUUGUGCAAGUUACCGAACAAAUCCCUUCUUUCAUCUCCGAAAUUAAAGAUGCUAUCUGGAGCCUGUAUCAACAUGGUGGGAAGAAUUUCUGGGUACACAACACCGGGCCAUUGGGUUGUUUGCCUCAAAAACUUGCCACAAGCAAUGAAAAUGCAAGGAUUUUUGAUAAGCAUGGAUGUCUACAGAGUCUGAAUGAAGGUGCACAAUUAUUUAACGAAAAAUUAAGGGAACUAUGCGAACAACUGAGAUCCGAAAUGAAGAAUGCUACUAUUGUGUACGUCGAUGUUUAUGCAAUUAAGUAUGACCUCAUUGCCCAUUCUGCUAUAUACGGAUUUGAGAACCCUCUAAUGGCAUGUUGUGGCCAUGGUGGACCGCCAUACAACUACAAUGCGGACAUCAAGUGUGGGCAAGCUGGUUAUGAAGUGUGCAAGGAAGGGUCUGGAUACAUUAGCUGGGAUGGAGUUCACUAUACAGAAGCUGCCAAUGCCUUUGUUGCCUCCAAAAUACUCUCUACAAAUUACUCUACGCCUGCAAUUAAGUUUGAAAAUUUUCCAUGCCUUUAG